GACCCUAGUUUUCCCUUUCUUGUUUCCACUCCCCACCUUUAAAUAAACUCCCCAACAAACAUCAUUACAUAUAUAUACACACACUAACUCCUCCACAUUUAACUCAACCACCUCCAUCAUCUCCAUUAUUUUCAAUUAAUUCAAAAUGAGACUCAGUUGUAACGGCUGUCGAGUGCUGCGCAAGGGCUGCAGCGAGAGUUGCAGCAUAAGGCCCUGUUUGGAGUGGAUCAAAAGCCCCGAAUCCCAAGCCAACGCCACCGUCUUCCUCGCCAAAUUCUACGGCCGCGCCGGCCUCAUGAACCUCAUCAAUGCCGCCCCUGACAACCUCCGCCCUGCUACGUUUAGGUCUUUGCUGUACGAGGCGUGCGGGCGGAUCGUGAACCCGAUAUACGGCUCGGUCGGGCUGAUGUGGUCGGGCAGCUGGCAGCUCUGCCAGGCCGCGGUGGAGGCGGUGCUCAAGGGGGAUCCCAUCGCCCCGAUGCCCAGCGACGCCGCCGAGGCCAAAAACGGGCCGCCGCUCAAGGCCUUCGACAUUCGCCACGUCACCACCCUCUCCGGGUCGGACGACUUGCACCGGGCCAGGAACCGCAAGCGGGCCAGACGGAGCCGGGUCGGGUCGCCCGACGAGAGCGGGAACGGGUCGGCUCUGAGCCAUCAGUCUGAGCCGGCUGCGGAGAGGGCGAGCCGGCGGAGCGAGGAGAGUUUGGCUUCGGCGGAGACGCCCGAGCCGGUGGCGGAUCGCAGCUCGGAAUCGGAGGGCGAGGAUGGGAUGGGGCUGGAUCUGACGCUUGGGUUCGAGCCGAUUAAGAGCUGUGUCAAGCCGAAGAGUUGGAAGCGUGGUGAAGCUGUUGACGGCUCGGCUGGGGAAGCCGGGCUUUGUAAAAUGGAGCUGGGGCUUGAUUUUUCAGCUUUGUGAGGGGAUUGACGGUGAUGAUCAGUUUUGACGGCUCAGAUGAAUAGUUUCAUUGAUAUAUUCUUUGUUUUCUCGUUUUCUUUUUCUUUUUGUUCCUUUUUAACAUCUCAAAAUACUUGAUAAAUGUUUUGGUUGUACAAAAAUAUAUAGGAAGGAACAGAUAUUAAGAUGGUCAAUGAAAUUAAAUGUUUUUCACCA